AUGGCUCCACGACGUCACAACAUUGGUGCCAGCCGCCGAAGGAGAAAAGAUGAGGAAGGUGAAGAUGAGGGUUCAUUGGAUGGCGAAUUAGAGGAUGACUCCCUCAGCGAAGGUUCCGUGAUUAGCCAUCAAGAUGACGAUGACGCCGAUGGUGAAGGCAGCGAUGAAAGCGACGACGGGCUCCCAACACCAUUGCACCACCCUCAUGCUUCACAGCCCAGUCGUCGAAAGCUCAGAGUACACCAGAAACGGGGGCGUCGCCAUUCGUCCUCUCCAGGCAAACGGCUUGUUGCUGGCACCAUGUCGGACACUGAGGCCAUGAUGAACGGCAUGAAACUAUCCGAAGACAACACUCGAGAGGCAGAGAUUCAUUUCGAUGACCUCAGAGGAGAGCUAGAUCCUUCGACGGGAAGAACACCAUCGGCACCACCAUCGGAACCGAGACGAGAGACAGUUACCGAGAAGAAACGCCGCGAGCAAGAGAAAUUCAUAGCCAAGGACAAGGACGAGAACUCUGCUGUCAUGCCCACGCGAGGGAGCUUCUUUCUUCAUGAAAAGCGCUCUGGCGACACCGUGACAAAUGGUCACAAGACCUCCAUGAAAUCCAAAACCAGACCAUAUGGACUUAUUGUGGAUGGUAAUGUGCGCAGGCACAACAUCAAGCCAGAUGCAAGCGAAGGACAGUGGGCUCAUGAUCUCCACGAUACCGUUGCUCAAGACCAUUCGUCGACGACAGUCAAAGCACCAACUGUUACAACAGGGUUCUCAAACUAUCCCCAGCGACCUGUUCCCACAGCCCCUAGAUCAUCACCACCCAACCGAUCUUUCUCAAGUACUACGUUGAUUGGGAACGUGCCUGUGGUUGUUCUUCUUCCAGGCAUGGAGCAGCCCAUCUCUUAUCCGGCAGUAACAAAAAGACAACACACUCGACUUCCCCAGCAUCGCCCUCCGUUGCGUCGCGAUAAGCCUGUCCGGAUCUCGCUUCCGGGCCAACCGCCCCGAUAUAUCUUCCCCGCUAUAGAACGGUCUUUCAUCUUCAUCCCGCGGGCGCUGCGGCCGAACCAACAGGCAUUUCGGGGGCGUCGUGGCGGCUUCAUGACGGGGCGACGCCCCAGUAUCUAUGCAAGUUCGGCGUAUGCCCCCAGUGUCAGCAUCAGUCGACGGUCAUCCUUGGGCAAGCCGCCCUCACAGGAAGGGUGGCACUCACCGGCUGGUUCGGUCUUCUCCCGGCAUACCAUCAUCACCGCUGAGAAUGGAAAGCCGGUUGUUCGCCUCCCUCCUCCGCGACCGCCCCUAGGAAUCCCACACGUUCCUGCUGGGCCAGUGGUCGCUCCUUCGGCAGUGCCCCCUCCUCUGCCUUCUCUACCGCUGCCCCCUGCGUAUCGUGAGAGCCGCCCGGCUCCCAUUCCGAUGCACCAGCCUCGGCCUCAAAAAGCCGUUUCGGUUGCCGACAUUGAGACGCCGGCAAGCUUCCCCUUCAAUACGCCCCAGCCCCAGCAGGAGCAGCCCUUCCAUCACCAGGUGCCAAUGCCCGCCAAUGGGCCCGUUUACGGUCCGGAGGCCUCGACCCACGCGGCUGCUGUUCAAGCGUCUGCAACGCCAGUGUCGCACAUCCCCGACCGCGCGAUCCAUGCCCAGCCCUUUCAACCCUACGGAUUCCAACAGCCUCAGGUAUUUUAUCCUGCAUCCUACCAGGCCACUGCCGUCUAUUAUCCCAAUUCUGGUGCGGAAUAUGCCACUUUCAACGCGGCAAAUGGUUCAGGAGCCCCUGCACUGCCCUUUCCGCAAGGACAACAUGGGCCCCCCUACAUGGUGCCGCCGGCGCCUGCGUCGGGUGAACAAGCAUCGCAGCCAGGGAUGGUGGCCCAUGAAGCUGGAGGGACGGUGUACUUCUACGAUGCCAAUCAGAUGUAUUCCAACUCAGCAUACGGUGUGCCUAGUGCUCCCGGGCCCGGUGGGGUGGUAGGCAUGGGUGGGAUGUUGACACCUCCAGGCGCAACUUAUUAUUAUCCCCAGUCUCAAAGCGGUGUUUAUUAUGCCUCACAGUGA